UCAAGGUUACCGAGUUGGACCACUGAGCAAAGUUCCUGAGCUUCCCUCUGAUGGGAUCAUCUCAGGAUGCCUCCAUCUCAAUCCAUCAUGGCAGCAGAAGAAAUGAGGACUCUGUUGAUGCCUCAACCUUUGGGUCCAUCUAGCCAUUGGAAAUGAACUCAGCACUUGUCUGACUCUCACUCCAAGUCCAGGCCUUGGUGACUGUGUUCCCGUGAGACCCCUUUGAGCCCCUCUUGGGCCUUCAGUUCUCUUCAGUGUAAAAUGUUAGAUUGAAGAUGAAUUCGAAGGUCCCUUAUGUGUCUAAAAUUAGAUAGAAGGACAAGAACAGAAUCACCAGCACUGGCUGAAGAUGCCCAGCCUACAGAAUCUGAGAAGGAAAUUUAUAAUCAGGUGAAUGUAGUAUUAAAAGAUGCAGAAGGUAUCUUGGAGGAUUUGCAAUCAUAUAGAGGAGCUGGCCAUGAAAUACGAGAGGCAAUCCAGCAUCCAGCAGAUGAGAAGUUGCAAGAGAAGGCUUGGGGUGCAGUUGUCCCACUAGUAGGCAAAUUAAAGACAUUUUAUGAAUUUUCUCAGAGGUUAGAAGCAGCACUAAGAGGUCUUCUGGGAGCCUUGACAAGUACCCCAUACUCUCCCACGCAGCAUCUAGAGCGAGAGCAGGCUCUUGCCAAACAGUUUGCAGAGAUUCUUCAUUUCACACUCCGGUUCGACGAGCUCAAGAUGACAAAUCCUGCCAUACAGAACGAUUUCAGCUAUUAUAGAAGAACAUUGAGUCGUAUGAGGAUUAAUAACGUCCCAGCAGAAGGAGAAAAUGAAGUAAAUAAUGAAUUGGCAAAUCGAAUGUCUUUGUUUUAUGCUGAGGCAACCCCAAUGCUGAAAACCUUAAGUGAUGCCACGACAAAGUUUGUAUCAGAGAAUAAAAAUUUACCAAUAGAAAAUACCACAGAUUGUCUAAGCACCAUGGCUAGUGUAUGCAGAGUCAUGCUCGAAACACCGGAAUACAGAAGCAGAUUUACAAAUGAAGAGACGGUGUCAUUCUGCUUGAGGGUAAUGGUGGGUGUCAUAAUACUCUAUGACCAUGUACAUCCAGUGGGAGCAUUUGCCAAAACUUCAAAGAUUGAUAUGAAAGGUUGUAUCAAAGUUCUGAAGGACCAACCUCCCAAUAGUGUAGAAGGUCUUCUAAAUGCUCUCAGGUACACAACAAAACAUUUGAAUGAUGAGACUACCUCCAAGCAAAUCAAGUCCAUGCUGCAGUAACAGUCGAGGAGUGCGCACCUGCUGUGGACGGAAGACAGUAUUCUGCAGUGACUGGGAAUGCACAGUUUUUAGUGAUUGCAAUUACUAUCUCAUGUACUCUUGCUUUUUAUUUCUUGCCUCUGUUCCUCUUCCCUCUUUUUUAAUCAUGUUCUCGUUCUUAAGACUUUUUUUCUGUGCCAAAAUCAGUAAAGUCAUACUCUGAAGGGAUGUUGUCCUUUCAGAUGGGCCAGCUAAGGCAGCUAAUUAUGCAUUGCAUUGGGAUCUCUACUGAGAAAAAUUCUGUGACUUGAACUAAAUAUUUUUAAAUGUGGAUUUUUUUUGAAAACUAAUAUUUAAUAUUGCUUCUCCUGCAUGGCAAAACUGCCUAUUCUGCUAUUUAAAAACCCUCAAUGACUUUAUUUUCUACUGCCGCUUUUUUCAUGUGCAGCCAAAAUGAAAAUGUUUAAAUUAACUGUGUUGUACAAAUGGUACCCAACACAAACUUUUUUUAAAUUAGUAAGACUUUUGUUUAAAGUUUUAAGUUUGCAUUUGACUUUUUUUGUAAGGAUGUAUGUUGUGUGUUUAACCUUUAUUAACUAACGUUAAAAACUGUGAUGUGUGCGUAGAAUAUUACGUAUGCAUGUUCAUGUUUAAAGAAUGGCUGUUGAUGAUAAAAUAAAAAUCAGCUUUCAUUUUUCUAA